CCUCCGCACCGAGGCUGUAUCCUGGUGGCCAGGAAUCGUUGGGCUUUUGCUUUCUCCGCCUUUCCCUUAUUCGCCGCCAGGUUCGACUGCUUCUCACUCACCAGACAAGAUGAAUCGUAAUUUCUUUGCCGCACAGUUUCUUCUAGCUGCCCAACCAUCCUCAUAGUACAGGAACUAUCAUUAUGACUUCCCAAACCUUCUAGGACUUGUUGUCAAGUGUUAUGAAUAGGUAGAGACACGGAGGCUCACCCAAGUUGCUGCUGCACGACAGUGGAAACGCCUGUGUGAAGCUGGUGAUGGUCCGACUGCAGACACAGCCCCUGAGUUUGCCUGGGCAGCCUCCGAUGUACUCUGGGACCUUCGACUGUUUCCGGAAGACUCUUUUUAGAGAGGGCAUCACAGGUUUGUACCGGGGCAUGGCUGCCCCCAUCAUUGGUGUCACCCCCAUGUUUGCCGUGUGUUUCUUUGGGUUUGGUCUGGGAAAGAAACUGCAACAGAAACACCCAGAGGACGUGCUUAGCUACCCCCAGCUGUUUGCAGCUGGGAUGUUAUCUGGUGUAUUCACAACAGGAAUCAUGACCCCAGGAGAACGGAUCAAGUGCUUAUUACAGAUUCAGGCAUCUUCAGGGAAAACCAAGUAUACUGGUGCCUUGGACUGUGCAAAGAAGGUGUACCAGGAGUCUGGGAUCCGAGGCAUCUACAAGGGGACUGUGCUCACCCUCAUGCGGGAUGUUCCAGCCAGUGGUAUGUAUUUCAUGACCUAUGAGUGGCUGAAAAACAUCUUUACUCCAGAGGGAAAGAGUGUCAGUGAGCUCAGUGCACCUCGGAUCCUGGUGGCUGGGGGCAUCGCAGGGAUCUUCAACUGGGUUGUGGCGAUCCCCCCAGAUGUGCUCAAGUCUCGCUUCCAGACUGCCCCUCCUGGGAAGUAUCCUAAUGGUUUCAGAGAUGUGUUAAGGGAGCUGAUCCGGGAUGAAGGAAUUACAUCCUUGUAUAAAGGGUUCAAUGCGGUGAUGAUCCGAGCCUUCCCAGCCAAUGCGGCUUGUUUCCUUGGCUUUGAAGUUGCCAUGAAGUUCCUUAAUUGGGUCACUUCCAACUUGUGAGGCUGAAGGCUGCUCGAAGCUUCUGGAUGCUGAAAGCUGAUGCUGAGGAGGAGCAGUGGACAGGACUGGGAGGUCCCCAAGGGUGAGGGGAGGGGGAAUGGUGAAAUUAGAGCUGUAUAUGUGGACUCGGUGAGACUGUUGCCUUAAUGAUGUUUUCUACCUUGGAUAACUUGGUGUGCCAUUUUGAAACUCGAAUUCAUUCUUGUCCAUUUAAGGGAUCUGAAGAGGAUUUGGAGAUGGAAGUAAAGCUUCUAGACCAGACACCACCUGUGGCCAGAAAACUGCCCACUGGUUGACUGCUGACCCAAUAGUACCCAAAAUAUUGCUUGCUAGAGAGGGAAUCUUAUCCUCUCACUGGAGGUACUGUGCAUGUUUUCAACCAGGAAAACUGGUCCUUCUUGGAGUCCUCACCAAGAGCCACUCAUCUGAUUCCCAGGAUACCACUGAAUCCUGGGCUGCACAUAGGGAUCUGGACUUGAGGUCCACGUCUGUCUGUCUGUGUGGACUAGGCAGAUGUGCUGAGGGGCAGUUAGCCUGUUAACAUUUGGGUUUUUAUUUUUUUAUGCAUGCAAAUAAUCAAGAAAUAAAACUUGAGCAGACUUAAUUUCCCAGGAGUAGGUGGAGAAUUUUCCCUCCUGUACAUUGAGGACAGUUUUGAACAGAAAGUCCCGGGUGUAGGAAGGCUCCUUCUGCAUACUCUCCUCUCAUGAGAGCGCCCUAUUUUAACAGGAAACAAUAAAUAUUGUUCCUGAUUUUU